UUGUAGCCAGGAGGGAGAUAGACGACCAAGAGAGACAGAAAACGUCUUCAGGCGACUGAAAGGUUCUGACAAUAUGAACUACAUUUAAGGUGGUGCAAUUUUUAUCCACUAAAGGACGGGCGCUGUGAGCUCACAAGCAAAAUCUGAUUCUGGAGUAAGUCUCGCAACGCGGCGUUUCAGUGAUUAGAUGAGGGACCUGUAACGUACCAAGACGCAGAUUUUUGUACGCUUGAAUUGCUUGUAAAUUUGAGGACUACUCACUGCGGCAUCAUGUCUGGUGUUCCACUUGUGAUUGCACUCCUGUGUUGUCUUCCUUUGGCAGCCUGUUUGAGCUGCUUCACCUGUUUAUUCCCGGCCAUCUCUCCUCUGGACUGCUUGAAGUUUCCACUGGAGUGUCCAGCUGGACAGCGCUGCCUAUCCAGCACCGCUAUGGGAAAACAGGGCCCUCUGCAAGUGACAAUGUACGAGAAGAGCUGCGCGGUCCCGUCCCAGUGUGGUGUGAGCGGACAGAAAUUCGCCUCAGGCCUCUACUUCAACUACACCAACAUCUGCUGUGAUACGGACCUCUGCAAUGGGGCCGAGUCCUUUGCUGCCCUCAGCUGGGGGGGAGGAGCAGCUCUCUGCCUUCUGCCUGCACUCAGCCUCCUCCUGGCCUGAACGUCAGAGGGGACGGUGAUGGACGGGGACGGAGCUCUACAGCGAAUGGUGACGAUGUGACCUGGAGAAAAUGUGCGCUCAUAGAAACAUGAGACGGCAGGCUUUUAAAAUGAUUUGUAUCCUUCUUUAUAACACAUUCACACUCAAGCUCUUUCAUUGGUGAUGGCCCAUAUUUUUGGAUGUGCUAACCGAAAGCACAAUAUUUUCUUGAAAAGGUAAAAAGAAUUAUGUCAGUAAGGCUAAAAUAUUUGUGGUGUAUAAUUGGUGUACAAAAAAGAAGUUGUUUUUAGUGGCCGCUCUGGAUCAUUGGGAUAUACGAUUUGCUCAGUUCAGGUGAUCAAACUUGAACAACACAUUAUUAGCUCAGGGUCCUUUUAGUCCUAAACAUGGAGCUUUGGAUCUCUUGAGCUUCUUCAACAAAUAAGUAGAUGCUUAUUUGCCCACGUUGUCUUUAAAGUUUAUUUUUCAGAAACAUUUUGAAUGUGAUUAUGAGAUGAUGACGGAAAGAUCCAAAACAGCUACUUAAUGUUAACUUCUUAACUUGUUUCCGAUGUCAAGAAUGUACCUUGACAUGGAUGAGAAAUCCUUCAAAUACUCAAAUAAAUGAGUCUCAAUUUAAACUUCCACAUUUUCAUGUCAAAUGCACCAGAAGAGAUUCUAAAUGGAUCCUGAGGAUUAAAACUCAAAAUAUACAUGUCUUUAAGACAACACCCUUAAAUUGGCCAUGCAUCAGUACAUCUCCAGCACAUUAACGAUGCUAUUCAGAUGUUUUACCUAAAUCCACACUGAAGAGGCAUUCUUUGCAUUUGUGCUGCAUCUUGGGUGUAUUUGCUUUGUAUGUAGUUAUUAUUGUUUUACUAACUGUGCUGAGACACGCACACUGCUUCUACAGAAUAAUUUUCUCUUUGGCCAUUUCCAUGUUGUUACCCUUUGUAAUGGUUGAAAAUGAAAAUAAAAAACACAUAAGAGAAGGGAUUCAUUCUGGAGAUAUUCUUUAUUAGGAUACUAAUACAUGUGUAUUUGUAAAGGCGUUAAACACAAAAUGUAGUUUGACUGUACUAUUAGUUUGAUUGGUUAUUCUAAUCAUCUGCUUUAGUUACACAUGACUGUACGUUUUAAUUCUGUGGACUCUUUAGUGUGAGUAUCCAAA